UCAUAUCUGAUCUGAUCGUGUACAGAGUCUGUCGCAGGAUGCAUCUUUCGGGAGCGAUUUCUGCACUUUCAUUGCUUUUUCUAAGCAUCGUAGCUCAGAAAACUGCAAAUGACACCUUUUACCUCCUGGCCGUGACCUCCCAGGCUGUAGGGGGCACCACAGAGACCGUAUGCAUCACGGUCAACUCUCGUCAAUCUGUUUCACUGAUUGUGACCCUGGAGUACAACCAAAAGAGAGCCACUCUUUUGAAGGAAUUGCGUGUAAUACGAGAAUACUACCGAUGUGUCCCCUUUCAGGUUCCUGUCGUAAGCGUGGAAUCAGUGGCGUCUAUUGACAUUCAGAUCGAAGGGAACACGUUGCAGAACAAGACGACAAACAUCCUCAUCAUACCUCCGACUCAGCUGAACAUCAUUGCUACCGAUAAACCCAUCUACAAACCAGGACAAACAGUGAAUUUCCGCGUCGUCUCUUUGGAUUCCAACUUCCUCACCUACAACCAGACGUUUCCAACGAUAGAACUGCGGGACCCGAACUCGAACCGUAUUGGUCAGUGGCUGAACGUCUCCACGAACAGCGGCCUGGUGGAUCUGUCGUAUCCCUUAAACUCCGAGGCUACAAAUGGAUAUUACGUCAUCACAGUCUGGAACAAGAAUCUCGAACAGAUCUCAGAAACCUUCCAAGUCAAGGACUACGUGCUACCGACGUUUGAAGUGACGGUGCAGCUUCCUCCAGUCAUAACCAUCCUGGACACGUUCAUGACGCUGAACGUGUGUGCGAAAUAUACAUACGGGAAGCCGGUGAACGGUACGGUGAAGGCCACAGUCUGCCAUAACAGCUACAGAUACUGGUGGCUUGAACUAUCAAGAUCACAGACAUCAGACAUCUGCAGAAAUUAUACCCUGCAGACCGACAGGAUGGGGUGUGGACGAAUUAACUUAACUCUGACUGAAUACGCGCUGACCAAUUCACUCUAUGAAUCUAUAAUCAGCGUUAAUAGUGAAGUGGAAGAAUACGGCACUGGCGUGAUUAUGAAGGGUUCAGGAAGCUCUAGUAUAACAACUAAUAUUGUCAACCUUUCGUUUGAGGAUUCACCAACAACGUUUAAGCCCGGAAUGGCGUAUGUAGGAAAGAUUAAACUGACUGACCUAAAUUCCAAUCCUGUGAAAGGGAAACCGGUGUAUCUGACUCUAAGUUACGGCAAUAAUAUCAAUUCAGUUCAGACGCUGGUUACGAAUGACGAAGGGGUCGCACAGUUGUCCCUCAACACUGAACCUUGGGGUUUGCAGCCAGUCUCUUUAACGGCUCGGUAUGAAAAGACUGAGAGAGAAUAUAUAUAUGAGAAUAAUCGUCUCAUGCCGUACUACCCCUCCGCCUACCUUUGGCUUCAGCCGUUCUACUCUAAGAGCCAGAGCUUUAUUGUACUGAAGAGCAACUCGACGCCUUUCAGCUGUGAUAAAAGUGCGUCCAUUGUGGCUCAGUACCUGAUACGUGACAGCUCAUACAGACCACCUGGAUUAGGCCAGAGGACCUUCUACUACAUGGUGAUGUCCAGAGGACAUUUAGUUCAGAAAGGACAACUCACGGUGCCCCGCAGCCCGAGACAAGUAGCCGAGAUCAAGGGCCAAGUGGUUCUGACACUGCAGAAUGUGAACAAGUUGUCCCCGGUCGCUCAGGUGGUCCUGUACACACUCCUUACCACUGGCGAGGCCGUGGCAGACAGCAUGAACUACGCCGUUCAGCCGUGUUUGACUAACAAGGUGUCUCUGAAUUUCACAUCUCCUUCUGAGCUUCCUGGUGAUAAGACGUCACUGACCCUUAAAGCUGCUCCAGGCUCGCUGUGUUCAGUGAGAGCCAUUGAUAAGAGUCUGCUUCUGCUGCAACCGGAGAAAGAACUCAACAUUGAAUCUGUGUUCAACAUGCUGCCUGUCCAGAUGUUAUCAGGAUAUCCCUACAACGUCUAUGAUGAGGAUUCGUACCCAUGCUGGAGACGCCCACCUUUCAGAGAAGUAAUGGAAAGAUCGAUCCGUUAUUUUCCUUACAACGGAAGAGUCGACGUGUACAGCAUCUUUAAAGAUGUUGGAAUCAAGAUCAUGACCAACACUGAUAUCAGAAACACUUCUGCGUGCUCUGAUAUUUUGCCGUAUAUGAGGACCGAAAGCAUGGACGGUCUGGCUCUCGUAGACAAAGUUGAAAGCAUGGACGGACCGGCUCUUGUAGACAGGGUUCACACUGCCAGCAUUCUACCCCAACCAGUCACUACCGUCCGCAAAUAUUUCCCAGUCACGUGGAUUUGGGAUCUUGUUCCAGUCAGUAAGUCUGGAGUGAAGCAGCUUAGUAAAACAGUCCCGGGCUCCAUCACUACAUGGCAGGCCGAUGCGUUUUGUACGUCGCCCGUCGGAUUCGGAGUUGCCCCGAAAACCGAGCUAACUGCCUUCCAGCCGUUCUUUGUGAGCCUCACCAUGCCGAGCUCCGUCAUCCGAGGAGAAGUGUUCACGCUCAAAGCCACCGUCUUCAACUACCUCCGAAGCUGUAUGAUGGUGAACGUGAGUUUGGCCAACUCGAAGCAGUUUUCGGCGCAGAAGUGUAAGACCUGCAGUUACGUACGCUGUCUGUGUGCUGACGAGAGCUGGACCGUCUCCUGGACCAUCACACCGCAGGUUCUGGGGAAGGUAACGAUCAGCGUGAAGGCGGAGGCCAUGCAGUCGUCGAUUCUGUGUGGAAAGAAUGCGGUUUUUGUACCACAGAAAGGACGCAUCGACACUAUCAUUAAGACACUGCUGGUGCAGGCUGAAGGAACCAAACAGUAUAAAAGCUACAAUGAGCUUCUCUGCCCAUCAGACCGUGCAGUUGAGAAGACGGUCUCAUUAUCCCUGCCCAGGAUAAUCGUGGAGGAUUCGGCCAUGGCUUCCGUCUCAGUGGUGGGAGAUCUGAUGGGCCGAGCUCUACAGAACCUGGCGAGUCUCCUGGCGAUGCCAGGCGGCUGUGGAGAGCAGAACAUGCUGCGCUUCGCUCCCAACAUCUUCAUCCUGCAGUACCUGGAGAGCACCAACCAGCUCACGCCCCAGAUCAGGAGCACAGCCGAGACCUACCUCGUGAGCGGAUAUCAGACCGAGCUGACCUACAAACACUAUGAUGGAUCUUAUAGUGCUUUUGGAAUGAGCGAUGCAUCAGGCAACACAUGGUUGACGGCGUUCGUGAUGAAGUCUUUCGGAAGUGCCAUGCGAUACACCUUUAUAGAUCAGGUGUUUGUGGACCAGGCGAAGUCCUGGCUCGAUCAGCAGCAGCAGGCUAACGGAUGCUUUGCCUCAGUGGGACAACUCUUCCACACUGACAUGAAGGGAGGGGUGAAUGAUGAGGUGACCCUCUCAGCGUAUAUCACAGCUGCAAUGCUGGAACUCAAUUACACAAUUACAGAUCCUGUUGUGAACAGCAGUCUUACGUGCUUGAGGAAUGCGUACACUCAGGUGAACUCCACCUACGCCAAGGCUCUUCUCUUCUACACCUUCACUCUAGCUGGAGAUCAGGGGAUGAGGAACACACUCAUCUCAGACCUGGAUUCAAAGGCUAUAAUCUCAGGAGGCAGAAGGUACUGGAGCAGAGUGAAUGAUGGGUCUGUGACGGACUCUUUGGAGGUGGAGAUGACCUCGUAUGUGCUUCUGGCUCUGAUGUCUGGACCCCAGCUGUCCGGGUUCGGUCUGGGUUACAGCAGUAGCAUCGUCCAGUGGCUUUCUCAGCAGCAGAACGCCUUCGGGGGCUUCGCUUCUACACAGGACACUGUCGUGGCUCUCCAGGCUCUGGCGAAAUACAGUCUCGCCACCUACAGUCCAGCAGGAGGUGUUACUGUUACUAUAACAUCACCAUCAUGGGUGAUUACCUCGUUUACCAUCAAUCAGAGUAACAGGCUGCAGUAUCAGGAGAGUCAGCUGGAGGUAGUUGAUGGAGAUUAUAACGUCACAGCAGAAGGGAAAGGCUGUGUGUACGUGCAGUUCACUUUGCGCUACAACAUCCCUCCUCCUCCUGACCGUUCUUCAUUCAUCGUCGCGGCCUCAGCGUCUGGAAACUGCAGGGUCCCAAAGCCAUCUCUGGAAGUGACCGUUACUGUCAUGUAUAACGGUAAACGACCGACGACCAACAUGGUGGUCAUCGAGGUCAGGCCUCUGUCUGGAUUCACGGCGGACAAGACGUCUGUGACGCUGUCGAACGCCAAUCCUAACUCGACUGACGGAAUUGUGAAACGUGUGGAUGAAAUAGAGGGCAACGUUAUCAUCUAUCUGGAUGGACUGACAAAGGGAAUUGAAAAAGAGUACACCCUGACGAUCGUGCAGGACGAUCUAGUGGAGAACCUGCAACCAGGGAUUGUGAAGGUUUACGACUACUACGAGAUCGGUGAUUUGGCUGUAAUUGACUACCCCUCACCGUGUCUCGUUCAGUGAGAGUUUGAUCAUGAGCUGAGAGAGCACAGCCGUUUUUUCUGCCUAUUUUACAGUUAUCAACAAAUUUCUUCAAAACUUAAGCAACUACUGAAUAAUAAAUAUAGCAUGCUGGUUUUUGUCCUUUCUGAUUUCUUGUCCUUUUUGUGCCUAUUUCUUUCCAGUAUAUUGUACUGGAAUUCAUUAAUAGAUGUAAUGCCACUCCUUAAGACAAUUUUUAUGAUCAUUUAAAAUUUUGAUUCAUAGAGUUGUUGAUUGAAAGUCUAAUAAAUAUGCUUAAAAAAACCCUAA